AUGUUCCCCAUAAUUUCCCGCCAUCAUCUGUGGUCGGGUGGGCUUCAGAGUAGAAUCCUCCUGAGCCAGCCAGUGGUGAGCAGGCAGCACAGUGAGCAGAUGCACACCAGAGUUGGAGACCGCGCUGAACUCAGCAGGGCCUUCACACAGAGGGACGUGGCUGCCUUCUCAGAAUUAACGGGGGAUGUCAAUCCUUUGCAUUUAAAUGAAGAUUUUGCAAAAAACACCAAGUUUGGAAAGACAGUUGUGCAUGGAGUUUUGGUCAAUGGACUUAUUUCGGCUCUCCUGGGAACUAAAAUGCCAGGGCCAGGCUGUGUAUUACUUUCACAGGAAAUUAGCUUUCCAGCCCCUUUAUAUGCUGGAGAAGUUGUUGUAGCUUCCGCAGAGGUGAAAAGGCUAAAGCGGUUCAUUGCUGUUAUUGCAGUGUCAUGUUUUGUAAGAGAAAGUAAAAAGACUGUUAUGGAAGGCUGGGUUAAAGUUAUGGUCCCAGAAACUCCCCAGUCCUGCAAUGUGUUUAAAGAUGCACAUUCAAGUGCCAGUGGUACUGUUCUUGAAGAGCCUCUGAGGAAAAAGGAACGCUGCUCUUCACCGAGGGAUGGCCUGUACACCUAGAAGCCCAGGUUGGGGGAGGGUCGCAGGUAGAGGGGUGUCCAAAGGUCCACUGUCCAAUUUGGCUUUAUGCUUCACACAGACCUGAGUAUAUUCCUCCUCUGUCUAGAUUUUUAAAACUGAAGAAAUACCAAGAAAGUUACUUAGCUAAAGGUUCUUUUAGGAUUUCACAUCUAGUCAGAUUUGCAUUUGAAUAACAGAAGCCUGCCUCUGUCUGUGCAGAGUAAGUUUGUCACUGAAUUUAUAACUAGCCUUUAAUUACUGAAGGCAACAACAGAAUUCAGGUCAUCUUUGAACACCUACCUUCUACCAGUCAGGGUACUUAGAUCCUGUCCUUCAGCAGUUUCUGAGUCAGAGUUUAUUGUAAUUUGUUACUGUUUACACCACAGUGGCACCUUGUUCCAUCUUCAGUGGCAUUUGCUUUUCACAUGGCUUUCCUGUGAUUGGAGAAGGGCUUAUGUGCACGUUUGGACUCAUUUAUGUAAACUCUCUCAAUCUCAGGUAUACAACAGGGAUAACAACACCUACCACACAGGACUGUUGGAGAUGCUAGAUACAAAUAGCUAAGCACGAAGUCCAACCGGUCAUCCAUUCUCCCCUGUGAAUGAGGUUAGAGGUUUUCCUGAGUUUAAAGCAAACUAGCCCACAAUUAAAAGAGGUAAUAGACUUCAUUUUUCAGGAUGUCAAUCAAUCUAAACCUGGAAUAGAAUUGGAAUGCAAAAUUUCUAUUUUAGUAAUCCAGAUUAUUUUCUCCCUCUCUUGAAAACACUGUGGAUUCUCCCCUUUACAAAUAAUAUAUGCUUAUUGUAAAGAUUUAUAAAUAAAAAGUAUAAGGAA